UCUGUUACCAACUUCCGUCAGAGGAGAAGAAGAAGAAACUCCGGAAGCAGGCGGUGUUAGCAGUUAGUGUUAGCAUCAGCUGUUCGGCGGCAAUUAAUCGGUCAAGUGUUCAUUACUCUUGGGUUCUUAUGUUUGGAACUGCACACUUUAAAACAGCCCUAACCCUAGCCCUAGCUACACCUGCGACCUGCCGCCUGCUACCAAGACAGGAAACACUCUGACGAGUCCUCGGUCCUCUGUGUCUCUGAUGAUAUGAGCAGCUCUGCUCAGAGGAAGAGGAGGACUACAGGAAGUCCUCUGGUUUCCAGACCCAGCAACAAGACCAACAGAGCAGGCAACGUUAGGAGGACGGCUAAUGCUAACAGAGCAGCUAACGCUAACAGAGCAACUAACAGGACGGCUAACGUUAGCAGAACAACUGAUGGGGACCCUGCCCCCCCCACAGAGACCAUCGACGUGAUGGACAACACUGAGGACAGUGUGGAGGAGGUGGUGGAUCUGACCUGUGAAGGAUCAGAAGCUCCGGUGGUCGACCUCACAAACAACGACUCCGUUCUGCUCGUGGAUGAAGGUCCUCAGAACAGAAGAGUCCCCACAGGAGAGAGUUACAUCGUCAGCAGUGAUGAAGAUGAGGACAUGCCCCCUGUCCUCAACGCCGCUGUGAUGUCAUCAGUACACACCUCCAGGUCGACCCCGGGGACGAUCAGCUGUCCCGUCUGUCUGGACUCGUACUCUGAGAUUGUCGACAGCGGCCGAUUGGUUGUUUCCACUAAAUGUGGUCACGUGUUCUGCAGUCAGUGUCUGAGAGAUGCUCUGACAUCAUCACACACCUGUCCUACCUGCAGGAAGAGACUCACCCACCGCCAGUACCACCCCCUCUACAUCUGACAUCACUCUGACAUCACCACACACACCUUAGCUGCUGUUGGACAACAUAUUUCCAAUGACAUCAUCAGUGACAUCAUCAGAUGUUUUUUGCUGCUGAUUUUAUUUUGUCAGGAAACAUUCAAUCAGUUGAUUUAUUAUUGAUUGGUAAUUGAUCAGUCAGAGCUGAUUGAUAACUGAUAGUUUUCAUUCCUCAGUUGUCAGCUCAGAUUUCUGUUUCAGUUUUUUUAAUGUUUAUUUUCUCAUGUGAAAAAGUAGAAAUAAAUUCUAUUGACCUCUGUGAAAACA